CUUCUUUCAGAGCUGCUUUACACCACACGAAACGUUCCUGCAGAAUGGCCGACGUAGAAUUAACAACACCCUCCCCGGAAGCACAUCUCACCAAAGACAUUUCGACACAAAUUAUCGUCAUAAUUACACGAUUAGAAGCCCAACUUACACAACUUGGACAAGAGCAGCUCGAGUUAAGUAAAACAAUAGCAGAAGCAGAAGCUAUCAACGCAGAAGACGAAGCACGACUUGCACAAAUUAAGGAAACUAUGGGACAAGUAUCAACAUAUUAUACCAAACUCUUAUCUUUACGAUCCACUAUGUCGAUGCUUACUGCCCGAACAACUCAACUACAACGUCGAGCAGACAAGCUUAAGAAUAUCAAGUUGCAGUACUUAUCCCAGGUCGACAGCAUAAAGCGAACGGAGCAAGCACGCGACCAAAGCAUUGCAGCUCGGGUUGCUGUACAGUCACCAUCCAUAUCACCUAGCGCAAGCAGUAGCUCAUUAAAGCUACCUCGCCAGCAACAACAACAAGAGCAGCAGAAACAGCUACAAUCACCGGAACAGCCACAGCAACCAAAACCCCACUCAUCAACACCACCAAUACCCAGUCCUGUACAUUCAGAGACGGUGAUGGCUGUAGCGAAAAAGAUUAAAAAGAAAAAGCCCAAGGUUCGCGAGGUCAAGAUUGCAGAAGGAGGAACGAGCGAAGGGUGGAGUCCCAAGAAAAAGAGUUGAAUUUUAUGCUGUAUAAAAGAAGAUUUGCUUUCUGUACUACAUGGUGUGUGCAUGCAUGAAUUCUUGGGAUAUGUUCAAAAGUACCAAUAGUUCAUGUACUACGAUAGCUGCAUCAAUCUGCUGGAUAUAUAGUAUUUUGAAAGAUACGCUUCGAAGAAUGAACGGAAACUACUUGAUUAUUUUUCAACGACCAUCAAAAAGUCCUAUGCAUGCCUAUUCAAUCGGUUAUUUAGUAGUUCUUUAUGACACAAAUGUUUCUAUGCUAGAAAAAGUAACGCGGAAACAGCAAUCGGAUGAAGGUGUAUAAGCUAUUUGCAGGUGCUGACUUUUCAUCCAGAAUAUUGCAGCGACUGCAACCGUAUGGCGGCGAGGACGCAUACAAGAU